UUGGAUUUCUGUUUCUCAUCAGUGGCAAGAUUUAUGGUGAUGGCAAUGCAGUGACUCGUAUUCUCAAGUUUCUGCGCACCAUUGACCUGGACGAGCCCCUGCAGAAGACCUUCUGUUUCCCCCCAGUGAAAGACUCCUUCUCCCAAGACAUUGAUCACAUCCUGGAGACACAGAGUGCUCUGGCAGUUGACCUGGGAGGGACCAACCUCAGAGUGGCUAUUGUAUGCAUGAAGGGUAAGAUAUUGAAGAAAUAUACUCAGCCUAAUCCAAAGACCUUUGAGGAUAGGAUGCAGCUCAUAUUGAAGAUGUGCUUUGAAGCCAUGUGGGAGGCUGUGCGCCUCAACUGCAGAAUACUAGGAGUUGGGGUGUCCACGGGUGGACGAGUAAACCCGCAAGAAGGGGUGGUCCUGCACUCAACAAAGCUGAUCCAGGAAUGGUCCACAAUUGACCUCCGAACACCCAUUUCGGACGCCAUGCACCUCCCUGUCUGGGUCGACAAUGAUGGCAACUGUGCUGCACUGGCUGAGAAGAAGUUUGGCCAUGGCAAAGGAGUGGAGAACUUUGUGACAAUCAUCACAGGCACAGGUAUUGGUGGAGGAAUUAUCCACCACAGUGAGCUGGUCCAUGGCAGCACCUUCUGCGCUGCAGAGCUGGGUCACAUCAUGGUUUCAUUAGAAGGCCCCGAGUGUUCAUGUGGCAGCCGUGGAUGCAUAGAGGCCUAUGCGUCUGGGAUGGCCCUGCAGAGAGAGGCUAAAAGACUGCACGACGAGGAUUUGCUGAAGGUGGAGGGGAUGGAUAUGAAGCUUUCUGAGCCGGUCACUGCUGCCCACCUCAUCACUGCAGCCAGUUUGGGCAACCCUAAAGCCGAUGCUAUUCUGAACAAGGCCUGCACAGCUCUAGGUGUGGGCAUCAUCAACAUUCUCCAUAUAGUAAACCCCUCUCUUGUGAUUCUAUCUGGAGUCUUGGCUUCUUACUACCAGAACCCAGUGCAGCACAUUGUCCAUGGGAGAGCUCUCCUCUCUGCACAGAGCAUCAAAGUUGUCACAUCAGACUUGGAGGACCCUGCAUUACUUGGAGCUGCUAGCAUGGUGCUAGAUUACACAACAAGAAGAAAAUACUGAAGGAUAUACUACUAGUCCCGGUUUACUGAGAAACAGUAUCAAUGAUAUGAUUGCAAGACAGAAAAGAUCGUACAACCUUAACUAAUUUAAAUUUAAAAUAACAUUUAUAGCAUACAUUUUGAAUAAUGAAGGGGGUGGGGGCAUUUGGUAAAAAAAUCUGAUAUUUGAAAAAGUAAUUCUAUUUUGCUGCUUGUUGAUAACCUAAAAGAGUUGCAGUUUUCUUGUGUUGGCUACACAAAUUCAAAUUGCCAAGGCUUUAGGACUGAGAUGUUAACCAGAUUAAGCCUGAAUACUUCAUGUGUAAAGUGAGUUGAAUGCACAUGCCAGUAACCUGUCUGUCUACUGUUCUUAUGUAAGAACACUUUCAGGACAGGCUUCAAACACUUUACUUGUAAUGUAAUGUGGUUUUGAGCAUGAAUAUUCAAUUAUUUGAUUAUUCGUUGGAUUAUUAAAAGGCAGUCAGUUCAUCUGACUUUGCAUGGUCAUAUUAAAAAGAUGAGACAAAAUUGAAAAAUGUUUUAUCAAUGAUUGCAUUGAUAAAAACAAAAAAAAUCUUCCUCUCUAAUGACUACCUAUUAUGUGGUGCAUCAUCAGCAAGCAUUUAGAUAGUGGACUGCAUGGAGAAGCUUGUUUCAGUUGUGACCAAAAAUAUUACUGAAACACACUGCUUCUCUAUUCACUGUCAACACUUUAUGUUACACAUUUAUUUUCAUCUUGUAUGGAGAAUUUGUACUAAAUUUUCAUUUAAGAGUGACCGUCCAAUUACUCUGUCAUAUAUCCAUGUUUUGUAAUUCAUUAAAUUAUUUAAGGUGUAACGCUUUAAGAACAGUAGUUAGUUAGAUAGUUAGUUAUCACUGCUAUUGCUGCUACAUUAUGGCAAGGGUGAAUUAUCUGUCUGAAUCAGGUUACGUUUUAAAUUCUUUGUUUUACAUUGUAUUACUGCAUACGUUACAAAUAUUUUACUGACUGAAUGUUUGCUUCAUGUGUUUUGGGAAAUAUGUUACUACGCAGGUCCUGUGAUUUAUGCUGUUACAUCGGUCAUGUCGGUCAAGUUUAAAGUUUUAAACGCACGUCCAUGUCAAAUAAUUGUUUUUGUUCAUCCAAUUUAAUUUUAAGCAGCCUUUGUGUUUCAUUUGUACAAAGACUAUCAUUAUCAUAGGAACAUUCAACAUGAAAAUGUGUUUUAAUGAGGCAUUUACAGCCUUUCCGUAAAUACCAAUCUCAUUGUGGGGUGAUUUCUUUUCUUGGGACCAGUAAAAGAAAAGUUUCAACUGA